GGUUGUUAGGGCAAUUAAAGUUCCAAUAAAUGUAGAUACAUGGCAGAAAUGGAGUAGCUAGGGAGAAAAUGAGUCUAUAUAAAGAGGGGGUGUAAUAAUGUUUAAAGCAUCAUAUCAAAUUGUGAUAUAGCAAAAGUGUAGUUGUUUGUGUGUAGGAAUGGCGUCGAAGAUUGAGAUGGAGGUGGAGUUGAAAAGUGAUGCAGAAAAGGUAUGGAAGGGCAUGAGGGAAUCUACGAUUCUCUUCCCCAAAGCCUUGCCUCAGCACUACCAAAGCAUUGAGAUUCUUGAAGGUGAUGGCAAGUCUGUCAACUCUGUGCGUCUCGUUAACUAUCCACAAGGAAUAUCAGCGGUGUCGAGCAUAAAAGAGAAGAUCGAAGCCGUUGACGAAGAGAAGAAAUUCGUGAGGUACAGUGUGAUAGACGGCGACAUUUUGAAAUACUACAAGAAUUUCAAAGGCAGCCUGAGCGUGAGCGGGAAGCCCGAUAACAGCGGAACCUCACUCAAAUGGGCGUGUGAAUUCGACAAGGCCUCUGAAGAUACCCCCGACCCGGAUUUCAUCAAGGAUUUUGCCCUCAAAACUUUCCAAGAUUUGGAUGCUUAUAUUCUCGCUAAUUAAACAAUUCUGCGAGAUAAACUUUUAUCCCAUGCUAUGCUAUGCUAUGCUAUGAAUCAAACGACCAUACCUCCAUUCCCUGUUACUUGAAUGUAUGCGUCUUAAUUAAUGUUACUUUAUUGGAAAAAAGAAGGAAUAAAACUUGAAAUAUUGGAGUUA